GAGUCUGGCGGGGCUUGCCCCAAGAUCUCUCCCUUUUCUGCCCUUCCCAUCUAGCUGGCCAAGAUGAGCACCGCCGACAAGGAGAGGCCUCCCCAGUUGCUCUUUGUGAAGGCCUUGGCCAGCAGGGGGCGGAUCGAGGCCAUCGCCCAGCAGAUGGGCUAUCACCCGCACUACCUGGACAGCUUCCUCCGGAUGCAGCAUUACCUGCUGCACAUGGACGGGCCGCUGCCCUUCGAUUGCCGCCACUUCAUCGCCAUCAUGGCAGCCGCCCGGCAUCGGUGUCGGUACUUGGUGAAUCUUCACGUGCUGCAGUUCCUGCGGGUGGGCGGUGACCCCCUGUGGCUGAGAGGGCUGGACUAUAUCCCCCCCAAACUCCGCCGGCUCAGUGAAAUCAACAAGGUCUUGGCCCACCGCCCCUGGCUUGUUUGCAAAGAGCACAUUGAGAAGCUGCUGAAGAUCAGCGAGCAGAGCUGGUCGCUGGCCGAGCUGGUCCACGCGGUUGUGCUGCUCGCCCACUACCACGCUCUGGCCAGCUUUGCUUUCGGCUGUGGCUGCGAGCAGGACGCCGGCCCAGAGGGACGGGGCUUGCUGAAGCUGGGCCUCCCGGGGAGUGUCUGCUUCUGCGACGUGGGCAACGGCUGCAGCCAGGAGCUGCUGCACCUGAACCGCAAGCGGUCCCUGGAUUCCUGUGUGGAGCUGGAGUCUCUCCGGGAGCGCGUUCACCGGCUGCAGGUGGGAAACGAGGCCCGGGAAGAGCUGAGGCUGCCUGCUGAGCGGGAGGAAGGCUUCGACGGGGAAUUCUCUGGUGCUGCAGAUCUCUCCUGCUAUGUCCUGGACCCCAGCUUUGGCUACCAGGAGUUUGCACCGUGCAACGAGGACCAGCCACAGAUCUUCCGUGUGCAGGAUUACUCCUGGGAGGACCACGGCUUCUCGCUGGUGAAUCGGUUGUACUCUGACAUCGGGCAUCUGCUGGACGAAAAAUUCCGUAAGGUCGACAGCCUUCACAGCUGCUCGAUGGCCAAGCGGCAGGGUUGCGAACACGCCACCUUUAAGCGAGGGAUCUGGAACUACGUGCACUGCACAUUCGGCAUCAGAUACGAUGAUUAUGACUAUGCAGAGGUCAACCAUUUCCUGGACCGGACUCUCAAGCUGUACAUCAAAACUGUGACUUGUUCUCCAGAGAAGAUGGAUCCCCAGAUGUUUGAGCGCUUCUGGAAACAAUUCAAGCACAGCGAAAAGGUCCACGUGAAUCUGCUCAUCCUGGAGGCCCGGUUGCAGGCCGAGCUCCUCUAUGCGCUCCGUGCCAUCACGCACUACAUGGUCUCCUAGAGCACGGGGGGGGGGACUCUGGCAGUGUCCCCCCACGUUUACUUGACACCCUCCAAGAUGUGAAAAGUGGCGUCUUCCCUCUGGCCUCCCUCGCUGAGAACCCGAGGGCUGGUGGGCAACGUGGCCGCAGCAAGCCGGCUGUGGCUUUGCUCCUCCGCAGGUUGUGGGUGUCCGUGGAGGGGAGGGAUGGGUUGCACGUACUUGGCGGAGGGGACGGAGGUCAUUCCUGCUUCUUCCGCGGUCGACUCAUGCGACUCUGUUCAGUUUAGUCCCCGUUACAGUAUUGCGGGGGGGGGCUCUCGUCUCGUGCCAUUCCUGCUGCUCGUAGGCUAUUACUGGCCUGUCCUUGGAGGGUUGGGAAGGGGGUCUGCCACCCUGGACUGGGGGCUUCUGGAGAGAGAGCAGGGACGCUUUCUGCUGGCCUUCUCUUGCACUGGGGGUGGGGGGAACAGGAAGGAAGGGUCUCUAGCACUUCUUUCAGGGAGUGUCUCCGCCCCCUCUCCUUCAUCCAAAUUGUCCUUGGUAGCCAGAUUUGACCCCCCCCAGGGCUCUUAACCAGCAACCUUAACCUGAGGUUGCUUCCCUCCUUGCCUCCAAAGUCAACCCCCUGCAAGUGUGCUGCCCCCCUGCCGCCUUUCGUGCUACUGGCACUUGGCCGACCCCCCCAAGCCCCCUCUGACUUGCGCUUCCCCUCCGAGCGGUGCAGAUGUCCAGCUUGCCUCGGCUUUGCUCCUUGCCUCCCCCCCCUUCCUGUCGCUGCUCGGGGGUCCUACUUGUCUUGUUCCGAAGAGGGAGUUUCUGCGCUGGGCCUCCUCCCGUUGACGGGACUGGGCUACAGUGAUGCUUCCGCUGGGCAGACGGGGGGCCCUUGUUGGCUGGGCCGCUGAUCAAUAACUGCAACAGGAGGGGGCUUGGUCAAUGGCUAACGAAGGGGCAACUGGCAGAGGACAUGGGUGGGACCUGGCUCAGCACACGGGGCAGCAGCUGACCUGUUUACUGUGUAAAUGUUUUGGGGGGUGGGAACAAAACAUUGUGUGGGGAAGAGAGUAAAGCCUAUUUUUGCUAUAAAUAUAAAUGUUUGA